AGAAACUUUCAGGGAGUAUACAAAUACUAAACAGUUAUUAGUUGCUUAAUCGUAAGCUGACUGUGUACCGCAUCGCAUCAAUAUCUCAUCGGAGUCUUUAUUUAUUUUUUCUUAUUCUUAAUUUAUUUGUUAGUGAUAUAAAAGUAAGUGUGUGUUCGUGAGGUAUUGUGGUUGUAAUUAAAUACAUUUUAGGAGAUUAAUUUCAACAGAAUGAAUACAAAAAUGUUCUUUGUGGUAUUUGUAAGCAUCAUUGUCACAGUCAGUGCACAAACUUUAGAAGAAGGUGCAGAACAAGCCUUAGAAGAUAAUACAGUAAGAACAUUAGAUCAAGCACCAGUUAAAACGUGCACUAAUGUAAAUGGAACUGGAGAAUGUGUGCCAUACUACCUUUGCAAUAAUGGGAAAUUCAACACCGAUGGAGAAAAUGUCAUAGAUAUCCGUUUUAAUGAAGAUAAAGAGUGUAUUGAAUAUUUUGAGGAAUGCUGUGGAGCAGAACAUCUCCUUACAGAUGAAAACAAGAUAGUGCCAGUAAGGAACGAAACUUACAUUACAGAAUGUGGAAUAAGGAACAGUGCCGGUGUUGGUGUUAGGAUCACAGGCAAUAGUGAUGGGGAAAGUGAAUACGGAGAGUUCCCAUGGAUGGUUGCUGUAACCAGAAGAGAACCUUCGAAUGAUAGUUUUAUCAAUGUUUAUAUGUGUGGAGGAAGUUUAAUUGCCGAAAACGUUGUCAUGACAGCUGCCCAUUGCGUCAACGGAAAGGAUGUCGAUGUAAUGAGAAUACGAGUCGGAGAAUGGGAUACCCAAACAACAUUUGAACUUUUCCAGCAUUCUGAUCAUGAAGUUGAGAAGUUCGUCAUUCAUGAAAAAUUCAACAAAGGUGGUCUUCAUAAUGACAUUGCUCUUUUGUUCCUUAAGACUAAAGUUGAAAUGUCAGAAGUUGCUAACACAAUUUGUUUACCAUCACAAGAUCAGCCAUUUGAUGGCAAAAGAUGCUUUGCAACUGGUUGGGGAAAGGAUCAGUUUGGAAAAGAAGGAGAAUAUCAAGUCAUUCUUAAGAAAGUUGAGUUGCCAACGGUUCCACGAGACCAAUGUCAAGCAAACUUAAGAAAGACGCGCUUAGGUCGACGAUUUAUUUUGCAUGACAGCUUUAUGUGUGCUGGAGGAGAAGAAGGAAAAGAUACAUGUAAAGGAGAUGGUGGAAGCCCUUUAGUUUGUCCAGUUGAAGGAUUUCCGGAUAAAUACUAUCAAGCUGGAAUUGUUGCAUGGGGUGUUGGAUGUGGUCAAAAAGAUGUUCCUGGUGUUUAUGCUAAUGUUGCACACUUCCGGAACUGGAUUGAUACUCAAAUCGCUUCAUAUAGUCAACCAUAAGUGAUUAUUGUAUUAAAUAUUACUUUUAAAAUGUAAUUCAAAAGUUGAUUGACUCAAUUAAGAUCUAACUUACAAUAAAACUCAUAUUAAUAAAAUUUCUUCCUCACAA